AUGACAGACAAUGCACAGGACGAAAAGCACCGAGGGGAUCUGCACGACGACAACGCAGCCAUCUGGUUCGCCAACCAGUGGGGGAGCUGUUACGGCCAAGGGCAGUUGGGCGCCGGAAGAAGAAGAAAAAAGGUUGAACAGGUUGGCCCUUGGCUGGCCAUGAUUGAGAGUCCGCAACUGGCAGAGGCUAAGGGACACACCAAGGCUUCGGUACGAGUGGAAGCCAAGGCGUCGAAGGCAGGGAGAGCCAAUGACUCCGGGUUCUGCUGUGCGAGUGGCUCUUCAUAUUUCCGGCCAGCCAUUUCCAAGCAAUUUGUUCUGUGCGCGAUGUGCGAUCCGGGACUGAGAGACAGUCUUCGAGCCGAAGGCACCAGACCACGUAUCGACGAGUCAUUUAUGCAGGACGAGUCGUCCUGGUCGUUGCAACGCAUCGGGAAGCCGGGAAAAAGCCAGUCGAAUACGCACAAUGUAAAUCGAUCCAUGAUGGUUUUAUCCAAGAAAUCCCACGGAACAGAGUUGCGAAGGGGGCCGACGCUCUAG